AUGAGUUUCAUUAAAAGGAUUCUGCGAAAGCUAUCCAUUAGACGAAAGGAAAAGGCUGGCACAAGAGAUUUCGAGAAAGACUCAACUGAUGUAUACAACGCGAGAAGAACAUCCAACACCGAAACAGAAGUCGAAAGCCUAGUCCAAAUUGGAGACGGAUGCAAAAGCCCAGCAAACACCGAAAUAGACGCGGAAACCCUCGACCAAACUGAAGACGGAGAAGAAGAACCAGCCAGCACCGAAGACGUGGUCGAAGAAAAAACACAUUUUGAACGAGAAGUCCAAAGUCACCCUGACAUUUUGAACGUGGUCAGAUUACCAUUCAAGAUCAAGCGCAUAGCGAGCGACGAAAGCGCGAGCGAUUACCGGAAAAUAGUGGAAGAUGAUCACAAUGAAGAUUACAAUAAUGCCUGUAUCGAUUUGAAGAUGAUAGAGAGGUUAGAGAUGACGGUGGUAGGCUCGCGUGGACAGACUUUGGUGCUUGCUUGGGAUUACAAGUACACCAGAAACGGUAGAGCCAUGAGGGCUGUGCGCUAG